CAGGCAACGUCAGGGACCUGCAGCGCAUGACCAUACUUACUCGCUCGCAGACAGCAGCGAUGGACCAGAAAGCAGGUGAGUCUGACGAGGCCUAUGAGGCACGGUUGGCGGCCAUAGCCGAAAGCAAGCAACGGGUAGAAGCAGCGGCAGCAGCACAGAAGAAGAGAGAGGCAGAGGCAGAGCGACUGCGUCUUCUGGCUGAAGAACAGCGGCCGAAGCACACGGCAGCAGCAGCCAAGGCCGCUGAUGAAGAACGCGUGCGGCGACGCGAAGUUAUAUUCAGGGAGGAAGGUGCAUUACACGCACAGGCCAAGGACUGGCAGAGGGAGGCCGAGAGCGGCGAAUCCGUCGACUACGGGAGCAGGGUAUCUCAUCUGGUCAACCGUGUCACUGACCUCCUUGCAACUUGUAUCGCACAGCAGGAGGACAUCCACUCCCUCGACCACACCAACAAGGUGUUACAGCAGUCGGUGGACCAGAUGCUCAAGCGCAUACAACAGCUGGAGCAGCAGGUCGCCACCGCCAACACCAGCGUCGGCCCCUCCUAUCUCGUCAACCGCGUCAAUGUCUUGGAGAUAGACAUGGGAACACUUAAGACUGGGGCACAGCAGCUGCAACAACAGGUUUCUGCAGCGGCCGGCCCUAGCGCAACGACACGCAAAACUAUUGCCAAGUUCGAUGGGCUCCCGAUCUUCUGUGACGCAUCGAAGACCGACCCCAUCCAAUGGUGGCGCCAUUUUGAACUCAAGCUGGACAUCCACCACGUCAUCGACGCGAACCGGCAUGCAUAUUUGUACUCCCGCUCGGGAGGCGCGUGUCAGGCAUGGUUGGACAACAUGCUGUCCGCACAUGCAUGUACAGUCACCGAGUUACACAAGUACAUCACCUGGGCGGACCUCACGGCGGCAUGGAAGAAGCGUUUCCAAGUAGAACCGCCCGAGCACCAGGCGAUGGACAAGCUGAUGACGUUUUCGCAGAACAGCAUGCCAAGCGGAGACUGGAUUUUUGAGUUCCAACGGUUGGCAAGCACGCCCAAGUUGCCGAUGAACUUCGACGGCAUCAAGCUUUACUUCAUCAAGUCACCGAGAACCUCAACACAACGGACCGAAGAGAUAGGCUUAUGUUUUCUUCGAACCAUCGCGCACGAGAUCAUUCUCGAGGCCGGUGCCGUGCUGCCAAGAGGUUGCAUUUAUCGCAUGAGCGAGGAGGAACUUACAGUACUCCGCGCGCAGCUCAAUGACUUGUUGGACAAAGGCUGGAUCCGGCCUAACAGCUCACCCUAUGGUGCGCCGGUUCUCUUCGUUCGAAAGAAGAACAAGGACCUUCGCCUAUGCAUCGAUUAUCGCAAGCUCAAUGCUCAAACCGUCAAGAACGCGGGACCUCUUCCUCGUAUUGACGACCUUCUGGAGCGCUUGGGCAGUGCGAAUUUUUUUUCCAAACUAGACUUGAAGUCAGGAUACCAUCAGAUCUCGAUUCGGCCGCAAGAUCGCUACAAGACCGCGUUCAAGACACCGUACUGGCUCUUCGAGUGGGUCGUCAUGCCUUUUGGACUCACCAACACCCCGACAACUUUUCAAGCGACGAUGACCAACGAGUUCCGUGCAAUGCUGGACCGGUUCGUGCUGGUCUACUUGGACGACAUCCUCGUCUAUAGUCGGACCUUGGAGGAACAUCUUGACCAUCUUCGACGAGUGUUGGAGACACUCCGGCGCGCCAAGUUCAAAGCCAACCACGACAAGUGCGCAUUCGUGCGCCAAGAGUUGGAAUACUUGGGCCACUUCGUUACUCCACGAGGCAUCAGUCCGUUGUCGGACAAGAUUCAAGCCGUCCAAGAUUGGCUGGAGCCGCGGAACGUCACGGAUGUCCGAUCAUUCCUUGGCCUUGCCGGCUACUACCAACGUUUCAUCAACGGGUACUCGAAGAUCGCGGCUCACUUAACCAAGCUUCAAUGCGAGAACCAGUCGUUUGACUUCGGGACGGAUGCGCGGGAAUCAUUCUUGGCCCUCAAGGCCGCAUUGCUCUCCGCGGAGGUAUUGCGGAUAUACGACCUGCUAUUGCCAACACGUGUCACUGCGGACGCGUCCGGCUAUGGCAUUGGUGCUGUCCUCGAACAACAUGAUGGCGUGGACUGGCACCCGAUCGAAUACUUCGGCAAGAAAGUGCCGGUCGUGCACUCCAGCGAUGAUGCACGCAAGAAGGAACUUCUCGCCUUCGUCCACGCACUCAAGAGGUGGCAACACUUCCUCCUUGGUCGACGCCAGUUCCGAUGGGUAACGGACAACAAUCCGUUGGUCUUCUACAAGUCUCAGGACACCGUCAACACCACCAUCGCCCGUUGGAUGGCCUUCAUCGACCAAUUCGACUUCUUUCCCGAUCACAUUCCGGGGAAGUCAAAUUUCGCGGAUGCCCUUUCACGGCGUCUGGACCACUGGACCGCAGUCUACUCAACCUUCGAGAUCGAGGAUGACUUGCAGGACAGCUUCAUCCGCGGCUAUCAAGCCGACCCGGAAUUUCGCGACAAGUACGCAAACUGUUUCUCUCCCAAUCCGGCGCCUUCGCACUAUCAGAUCCAAGAGGGAUACUUGCUCGUUCACUCGCGGGGGAAGGAUCUACUUUGUGUGCCGCAAGAUUCACACUUGCGCAAGCAGCUUCUUGGCGAGUUCCACGACGCCCCCGCCACCGAACAUUUUGGAGUCAAUCGCACGAUUGGCCGACUCCGCGAGCACUUUUGGCGGCCCUGUUUUCUCGACGACGUCACGCGCUAUUGCGAGCCAUGCGAGGUUUGCUGACAUUGCAAAUCACGCAAUCAUCGUCCGUACGGCGAACUGCAACCAUUACCGAUCCCCUUGCGCCGAAGGGAAGCGAUUGCCAUGGACAUUACCGGGCCGUUCCCCAAGCACAAGACGGCCGUGGAUGGGAUUCUCACGGUGGUUGACCGACUCACCAAGUUUGCCAUGUUUUUGCCUUGCCACUAUCAUGCCAAAGCACCGGAGUUGGCCGAGGUUCUCUACGCCGGUUGGAUUCGAAUCAAGGGUUACUCCAAGC